CUCUGGGGGAAGGGCCUCGCUGGCUGCGUCCGAGAGCGGACAAACUUGCGUAGUCUCACCGCGGCUCUCUCCGUGCCUUCCCACCUCUCUCUCUCUCUCUCUCUCUAUGGACGACCGGAGGCGAGAGGAGGACGCGGGGAUUGUUGUCGUCGGGACUGCAGCGUCUUUCCGGGCCAAGGCGAUGAUUUAACCACCGGGGGGAGAGCGACGAGAAAAACCGGGGUGCGCGCCGGGGAAACGGAGACACACGAGCGGAGAGGAGCGGGCUCAGCCGUCGGAGAUGUGCGGUCGGGCCGAGAUUGCGGCGGUAUCCCUGGACUGAGCAGAUUGUUCUGAGAGGAAACGGAUAACAAACAGGGGAAGUGAACAUGGCAGGGACCUCGGGCUUCUUUUCCAACGGACCUGUUCCGUGGAUGGACAACGACACGGAGAUGAACAACCUCUACCGAGACCUGGAGCUGGGGACAGUGCUGACGCUCUAUUACUCCAAGAAGUCCCAGCGGCCAGAGAGAAGGACAUUUCAAGUCAAGCUGGAGACCAGGACUAUUAUCUGGACUCGGGGCACGGAUAAAAUAGAGGGAGAGAUUGACAUUCGGGAGAUCAAGGAGAUCCGUCCUGGACAGAAGUCGCGCGACUUUGAGCGCUAUGUGGAGGACUCUGCAGCGCGGCUGGACCAGGCUCACUGCUUCGUCAUCCUGUACGGCACAGAGUUUCGCCUCAAGUCGCUCAGUCUGGCAGCAACAUCUGAUGAGGAGAUGACCAUGUGGGUGAAGGGGUUAACCUGGCUUGUGGCUGACACGCUGAAGUCACCAACCCCACUUCAGAUAGAGAGGUGGUUACGUAAGCAGUUCUACUCGGUUGAUCGCAACAGAGAGGACAGGAUAUCCUGUAAGGAUCUGAAGAGCAUGCUGAGCCAGGUCAACUACAGGGUGCCCAACAUGAGGUUCCUCCGAGAGAAGCUUCCGGACUCCGAGCUGAGGAACGGAGACGUGUCCUUCAGUCAGUUUGCCCAGCUCUACCGCAGCCUCAUGUUCGACGCUCAGAAAAACAUGGAGAUCCCGUUUCUACAAAGGUUUAUUGACAGACCAGAGCAGAGGAUGUCCCUGGAGGAUUUAAAGAGCUUCCUCCUGGAGUCUCAAAAGGAAACGUGGGCCACAGACAACAACAGUGUUCAGGAGUUUAUGUUCGGCUAUCUGAAAGACCCCCUGAGAGAAGUGGAACAGCCAUAUUUCCACCAAGACGAGUUCCUGACGUAUCUGUUCUCCAAAGAGAACACCAUCUGGGAUUCCACCCUGGAUCUAGUGUGUCCCGACAAUAUGAACAACCCUCUGUCCCACUACUGGAUCUCCUCCUCGCACAACACCUACCUGACGGGAGACCAGUUUUCCAGUGAAUCGUCCCUGGAGGCAUACGCUCGCUGUCUGAGGAUGGGCUGCCGCUGCAUUGAGUUGGAUUGCUGGGAUGGUCCUGAUGGAAUGCCAGUCAUCUACCACGGACACACCCUCACAACAAAAAUCAAGUUUUGUGAUGUCCUGACCACCAUCAAAGAGCACGCCUUUGUCACCUCUGACUAUCCCAUCAUCCUGUCCAUCGAGGAUCACUGUAGUAUUGUGCAGCAGAGGAAUAUGGCCACUUACUUUAAGAAGGUGUUUGGAGACCAGCUGCUGACCAAGGCGGUGGAUAUCGCGGCAGACGGCCUGCCCUCACCCAACCAGCUCAAGAGGAAAAUCCUCAUCAAGCAUAAGAAACUCGCAGAAGGCAGUGCCUAUGAGGAGGUGUCCACCUCCACUCCCUACUCAGAGAAUGAUAUCAGCAACUCCAUCAAAAACGGCAUCCUGUACCUGGAAGACCCAAUUAACCAUGAGUGGUAUCCUCAUUUCUUUGUCCUGACCAUGAGUAAGAUCUACUACUCGGAGGAGACCUCCAAUAACCAGGGAAACGAUGAUGAGGAGGAGCACAGAGAGGUGUCCAAUGGUAUGGACCAGCACGUGACAGAGAAAUGGUUCCACGGGAAGCUGGGCGCAGGGCGAGACGGGCGGCAGAUAGCCGAGAGGCUGCUGUCGGAGUACUGCCUGGAGACUGGAGCUCCUGAUGGCUCUUUCCUGGUUCGAGAGAGCGAGACCUUUGUGGGAGACUACACGCUGUCAUUCUGGCGGUCAGGGCGGGUGCAGCACUGUCGCAUCCACUCGCGUCAGGAGGCCGGCAGCCCCAAGUUCUACCUGACUGACAACCUGGUGUUCGACACGCUCUUUGCCCUGAUCACCCACUACCAGCAGGUGGCGCUGCGGUGCAAUGAGUUUGAGAUGAAGCUGACUGAGCCGGUGCCUCAGACCAAUGCCCACGAAAGCAAAGAGUGGUACCAUGCAAACCUCUCCAGGAGCCAUGCUGAGAACAUGUUAAUGAGGGUUCCUCGUGACGGGGCUUUCCUUGUCAGGAAGAGAGCAGAAGCCAACUCAUUUGCCAUUUCCUUCAGGGCCGAGGGUAAGAUAAAGCACUGUCGUGUGCAGCAGGAGGGUCAGACCGUGGUGCUGGGCACCUCAGAGUUUGACAGCCUUGUAGAUCUCAUCAGCUACUAUGAGAAACAACCUCUGUACCGCAAAAUGAAGCUGCGCUACCCCAUCAAUGAGGACACACUGGAGAAGAUAGGCACUGCUGAGCCAGACUACGGGUCACUGUACGAGGGCAGGAAUCCAGGUUUCUACGUGGAGGCCAACCAAAUGCCAACAUUCAAGUGUACGGUCAGAGCCAUGUACGAGUAUAAAGCCCAGAGAGACGAUGAGCUCUCCUUCACCAAAAACGCCAUCAUCUCUAAUGUGGACAAACAGGAAGGAGGAUGGUGGAAGGGCGACUGUGGAGGGAAGAAGCAGCUGUGGUUUCCUGCUAACUACGUGGAGGAGAUCAGUCCAUCAGCAGUGGAGCCUGACAGAACUGAGAUAACAGAGAACAGCCCCCUGGGAGAUCUGCUGAGAGGAAGCGUGGACGUCUCUUCCUGUCAGAUUGUUGUGCGUUCUGAUGGGAAAGGCAGCAGGCCCCACGUCUUCUCACUUGUGCCGAACACCUCCAUGCGGACGGGCCCAGUGCUGGAUGUUGCUGCCAGCAGCCAAGAAGAGCUCAAGGAAUGGGUGUUCAAAAUCCGUGAGGUCACCAUGACCUCAGAGGCAAAGCUGGAAGAGGGGAAGAUGAUGGAGAGGAGGAAGAAGAUCGCACUUGAAUUAUCCGAGCUGGUCAUCUACUGUAGGCCUGUGCCGUUCGAUGAAGACAAAAUCGGCACCGAGCGGGCCUGUUUCCGGGACAUGUCAUCAUUCCCGGAGACCAAGGCAGAGAAAUACGUCAACAAGAUCAAGGGGAAGAAGUUCCUGCAGUACAAUCGACUGCAGCUGUCCAGGAUCUACCCCAGGGGCCAGAGACUAGACUCCUCCAACUAUGACCCGCUUCCCAUGUGGCUCUGCGGCUCCCAGCUGGUAGCGCUCAACUUCCAGACCGCAGACAAGCCCAUGCAGAUGAACCAGGCCCUGUUCAUGUUGAACGGAAAGAGCGGCUACGUCCUUCAACCGCCCAUCAUGAGGGACGAUAGCUUUGAUCCGUUUGACAGACAUACGCUACGAGGCCUUGAUCAAACCACUCUAGAGAUAGAGGUUUUGGGCGCCCGGCACCUGCCCAAGCACGGACGUGGCAUAGUCUGUCCUCUGAUCGAGAUCGAGGUGUGCGGGGCAGAUUAUGACAGUGCCAAGCAAAAGACUGACUCGGAAGCUGAUAACGGUCUGAACCCCACGUGGCCCCAGAAGCCCUUCCAGUUCACUGUGUGCAACUCUGCAUUCGCCUUCCUACGCUUUGUGGUUUAUGAGAUUGACAUGUUCAACGACCCAAACUUCUUGGCCCAGGCCACAUUCCCCAUUCACGGUCUGAGGACAGGUUACAGAUCCGUUCCUCUGAAGAACAGCUACAACGAGGACCUGGAGCUGGCCUCUCUGUUAGUCCACAUGGACAUCAUCACAGGAAGGGAUGAGAACGGAGAGGUUCUGAGCCCGUUUCUUGCGGUUGGGGCCACGCCGGUGUCAGCAUCUGCCCAACCAGGCCGGGAACGGCUCGGGGAUUUGAGCUCGGUGUCUCCGACCUCCUCCAGCAUGUCUGCUCUGCCCCAGUCGCCGGCCCAGGCCAUGGCCUACGCGGGGAGGGAGGGUUCCUUUGAAUCCCGCUACCAGUCCCCUCUGGACGAAUUCAGGGUGCCCCAGGAGACCCUGCUGGACCACAUGGACGCUCAGAACAGAGGGAAUUUGCGGAGGACCCGUGUGGGUGGAGAGAACCGUGUCUAAGUCCAAGGCAAUCAGGACGAAUUUCUGUCGCACCCCCCCCACCGCCACCAUCACCUCAACCCCCCUUACUCCUCCUCCUCCUCCUCCUCCUCCUCACCCUGUCGCCUCCCCCCCGUACCGAUGAUGUCACUGACUGCUGUGAACACUGUUUCCAUGGAAACGCCCACCACCGCUUUGGCCUACAUUUCAGGCAGCUCUCCCUCCCUCCAUUUUCCAACACCCACCCCUCUGUCUCUCUCUCUCUCCCCUUUCUCCCUCUCUCUGGCGCUCUAUCCCCGGCCUGCCUCCUCAGUGCUCGCCUGAGGAGGAGAAGCGACUCGGACAUAAGAAGAGGGGAGGGUGUGUGUGUGGGGAGGGUGGGCGCUGCGAGGAAGCGGAGCACGGCGGACAGGAAGAAGAAACGGGACAUUCACAGGAGAACAAACACAAGGCUGAACGAGUUCCAGCUCUGGACGGGUCAUUUGCGGUGCAAGUCGUCCUCUAUUGUGUAUUAAGUGUGCACAACAGCUGCUUAGUUAGGAGGCUUUAGAGGAGGGACAGAGACGGAGCUCAAAGAGGUAUCAGUUUGAAACUGUCUCCCAGUUAACUUUCUUUGAUCUACUCUAUUUGGCGUAUAUGAACAUAUAUAUUUAUUCCUGCUAUGCUGUUGGCCAGAGAACAGCUGCAGCUGACCUGCUCUCAAAGAGCUCCUGUAUCCAUGUUUUUAAUUAUUAUAAUUAUUUAAACCUUUAGACAUUCAUAAUGUGACUUUUUUAUGUAUAUGUGUAAAACAUGAGGGCUCUCUAUGGCUAUUUUUAACAUCUCUCUCCUCUUUGCUUUGUGGAGGAAUGAGUCUCCAGUCUGACACAGUAAUCCUGGAGGGAUUUUACAUUUUUUUAUUUUUACCUUAUUUUUUAUUUUUUUCGGAAAGGCAUCAGGAAGAAGUCAUAACCUGUUGUUGUUGUUGUCGAAGCCGUGGGAGAGAAGGCAGCAGCUCAUUUUGUCUCGGAAAACACUCAAACACACACACAGUCAUUUUUACUUCAGCUAGUUUACAUUCCAAAACAGACUGCACAUCAUUCCAUUUUCCUGCACUGCAGACGCCUUCGGAAACCACACAACACAUUCACACAUCUGUCUCACUCGCUUCCAGUCUUACUCCUAAAUGGUCAUGUCUAUUUGAAACCUCACUCUUUGUUAAAGCAGGGACACAGUUUGACCCUAUGAGGGAUUGUGUUCUGAGUGUUUAAUGAGGCUUGUGGUCAGAAAGGUUUGAUUUCUUGCUUGUAUCGUCUCCCCGCGUGUUUUAAUGGCAGCACGCUCGUCUCGUCAAUCAAGACAGAGUUCAAACGGCUGCAGGCGAAGAAUGAAAAUACUGAUUGGAAUAACAGAAGUGUUGAGGAAAACAUUUAACACAUUUUAAAACAUUUUCAUUUACUGGGAACGUGGUGAAUGUUUCACAUCCAUCUGUACACCAUGAGUGAAUAUUGGAGUUGUAGAUUGUAGCACAGUUACACGUUUAACUGUGCAGCCACGUGUUCCCCGUAUUUAUAAUUGAAUGUUUUGUAAAUGCAGAUAUUUUUACUCACGUUUGUAUCUUUAAAACAAAAGCGACAGCCCCUUUAUUCGAUUACUGUGACACAAGUAUGUUUUAGUACCAACAGAUGUCUAAGCAAAGGUGACUCUCUGCAACCAGCUUGUUUUAGUUUGUGCAAAAAGAGUUUUUACAUGUUUGGAUGAGAAAUUUGUCGACAAACUCUAAGCAAGUGAGAAGGUUUGCGUUGCCAAAGUAAGGUGUUAAAAAAACAAAACGACUACUAGGCCAUAUUGUUUUGCAGCACCACACAGAUGUAGGGAACUGUGUUUGUGCUGCCGUUAUGUUCUGGUGAGUUUUGUCACUAAGCAGCUUCCCAGAAACCUGUGUGGGAUUUUAAGUUCCAGUGCCACGAGAUACAGUUAAAUGGCCACUGCCCAUGAGUUUAUUUAUGAUGAAAUGUACAAAAAUUGGGACUUUAUCUUGGUGAACGCCAAACGCUGCACUUCACAAUUCAUCGACCACAACUUCAGACCCUCGCUCGGCCUCCGACUCACAAAUGUUCAGACUUCUGUUGGGGUGAAGGUUGGUUUCCUCCUGAAUAUGCAGGGAGCUCUUCAUUUCCUGUGUGAGAGAGUGUGUUUGGGAGGAACAGGCCGAGCCGGAGCUUCAGACUUGGUUGUAGCUGUAGCUUUCUGUGGCUGAUGGCUGAUAAAAGGUGCCUGAGGGAGGGGUGGGGGGGGGGGCAGGAGGUCUGGGCCUCCAUAUAACUGACGGUGUUACCUUUCCAGGUUUGUAUCAGAAACAGUGUUUUCUCUGUGUGUGAUGAUAUAUGAUGUAAACUCAGUAUUGCCGCUCAGUGCUGAAACACUGAGACACACCUAAGCCAUAUGGUAUGAUUUAAGGUCAAAGCAGGGACAGGAGUGAAUGCUUGAGGACUCACUGAAACUUUUGUGGCAUCUUUUUUUUUUGUUUAUUUUGCGUGCCAUUAUUAAACCCAAAGUUCCUCCAUAUUACAUUAACUUCUCCAGCGGUCCAUGAAUGGUAUUUUUUUUUGUUUUUUGCGGAGAGCUCUCCCUCCAGUGCUGCAUUUCUCUUACUGUCUGCUAACAUCUAUACGUGCCUCCAUCUUUGUACACAUCACAUUAAAGCCUCAUCAUUCACGUGCCCCCGCUGGGCGUAACUAGCACCUGCACAGCCAUGGUACACCCACUCAGGUGUGGUCUCUUCAUUUGGACUGGUUGGACUUCACGUCAGCAGCUUUGUCUGGUUGACAUGUCCCUGACUCUCCUGCUGUACGUGUUGCAGCGGCAUCAACAGACUGUAAAGAGGUCAAAUCAGACAGAAUGACUUAGAGCGCCUGUGUGUGGGUGUGUUUGUACAAGGCCCUUAAGUGUCAUUUGUUCUUUUUGUUUUCAAUUGUGUCUGUUCCGUCUCAUUUACAGUCACCUUUCUGUAACGUGCCUAAACUAUGGAGAGGAAAAGUAUUCAUUUUAAUUUUGCCUUUCAUAUGAAACAUAUUCAAGCCUGAAAAGUAAAUAAAAUACUUACUACUUUA